AUGAUUUUUACACCUUUCGUAGGGGUUAAUCAUCAUCAUCAAACUAUAGUUUUUGGAUGUGGAUUUCUAAGCGAUGAGAAAACUGAAUCAUAUAUUUGGUUGCUUGAGAAGUUUAUUGAAGCUAUGCCAACAAGUGCUCCAAAAGCAAUCAUCACCGAUCAAGAUCCGGCAUUGACAAAAGCACUUGCAAGAGUUUUGCCGGAAACUGUGCAUCGCUAUUGUUUGUGGCAUAUAUUGAACAAGUUUCCAGAAAAGAUUUCUCCAGUAACUUUUCGGGACCACUAUCAGAGUAUUAAAAAUGUUAUAAAAAAUUCUACAUCUUCAGAAGAAUUUGAGCAUGGUUGGAAGGAGGUAAUUAGAAGUGCUAACUUGGAGCAAAAUAGUUGGAUAUUGUUGAUGUAUGGACUGCGACAUAAGUGGGUUCCAACAUACUUUAGCCACAUAUUUUUUGUUGGGAUGUCAAGUAGUCAGAGAUCUGAGAGUUCACAUUCGUUUUUCAAAAAAUAUGUCUCCAAUAAGAACUCAUUGAUGGAUUUUAUCACACGUUUCAAUAGAGCAUUGAGACACCAGAGACACAAUGAGUUAGUUGCUGACCAUAUUGACAUGAAUGAGCAUCCCAAAAUCAAAACAUGUUGGCCAAUAGAGACUCAAAUGGUUAAAGUGUAUACAAGAAAAAAAUGGACGGAAUUUCAAGAUGAAAUAAGUCAAAGUCAUGGUUACCUUGUGCAAUAUGCCUCUACACAAGAUGAUAUUACGAUUUACAAUGUGAUGAAUUUCCAAAAUUCUUCAUCCUCGAAACCAAGGCUGCUCACACAUGAUAGACAAAGAGAUCAUAUAUCUUGUACUUGUGGAAAAUUUGAGUUUGAUGGUAUUCCGUGCAGACACAUGCUAGCUUUCUUCCGAAUUAGCCAAAUAUCUGAACUGCCUGACAAGUAUAUACUCAAGCGAUGGACACGAGAAGCAAAGAUUGAUAUUAUAUAUACAAUAGAUGAUGAAAAUGCUAAUGAUGAUCCAACAAAACUUCUGAUGUCGCGACACUCCAAGUUAUCUUAUAAAGCUUCAAUAUUGAUUGAUGAUGCAUCUUUGACGGAUGAGAGGACAAAGUUUUUGGAUGAACAACUUGACUAUAUACAUGUAAAAUCAAAGAGAUGGGUAUUAGUCCAACAACUAAGUUCAGUACUCAGAGAAGGAAAAACUUAG